AUGUGGUUCUGGAAACACCUUCUUCUUAUCGUGGGUUUAGCUGUUGCUGUUCUUUCUUCUCUCCCCCAACACCAGCACCAUCCACCAGCCAAUGCUCACAGCAAUGCUUACAGCAAUGAUCUCCAGCAAGAAAGUGCUGGACCUGAGCUCUUCCAGUCUCCUGAGCUUGUCAAUCCUCCAUUGAUAGUGUCUUCAGCCAAGUUGAUUCCUGGAUUGUUGCCAAAGGUCCCCAGAAUCAAGCCCAAUCCUUAUCCCAUCGACGAUAUCUUGAAACUCUCAAAACAGCUAAUCUCUUCAUGUUCCUCAAAUUCUUUUAUUUUGAUAAACCAACCUGGUUUGACACUAACUGACUUGAAAAACUAUGACAAUGUUCCUAAUUUGAUAUCCUACUUGGACUCCUUUUCGACUGUUCUAACCUUUCCUUUUGCUGAAUCGCCUUCAACUGAUUUUUUCAAUAAAAAAAUAUCAAACUACAUCAUUAGAAAUUGCAAUGCUGAGAUCAUUCACGUUAAUCAAGACGAUGGUGAUGAUGAUGAUUCUGUUCCACAUUAUAUUGAUACAAGAACAAAAAUCAUUUUAAUCAAUUUCUCAAAAUUGCCUACAAACAAUUAUCAUUUGCGAAAUUUCAGACUACAAGAAAAUGAUUUAAUAUUAAAGAAAAUUAUAAGAAAACUACCUACUCCAUACCAUUCAAUUUUUCUAACUUCAUUAAAUACAACAACUGUCGAUGAAAACUCUUUUGAAUUUUUCACUAAAUUUUUAAGAAACAACAACGACAACAACGACAACAACAACAACAACAACAAUAAUAAUAAUGAUAAUAAUAAUAAGCAAAAUAAUAAAAUUAAAGAUAAUAUUAAUCAAUAUCAAUUACUUAAAAAUUUUAAAAAUUUUAAAAAAAUCAGUGAUAAGUUUUUAGAUAUCUUCCCUGAUAUAACAUUAAAAGAUGAAAGAUUUCAAGAAGUUGAAAAAAAUGAUAAAAUUAAUUACGAAAUGUCAAAACCAACCUUUAAACCUAAAAAUAUCUUGGAAUCAAUUAAAAAUGAUAGAAAAAAUGAUAGAAAAAAGGAAAUCCACUUAUUAAAUAAAGACUUCUUGAUUGAAAAUGAAAAUUUUAUAUUAAUCUUGCUACUAACUAUCGCUUUAUCCAUUUUUUUCCAUUUCAUCUCAACUAUAUUUAAAUUUUUCAAAUCAAAACAAAAAAAAAGAUUUGAUAUUAAUAAAGGCAAAAUAUUAUAA